AUGAACAAUGCAGCGUUGCGCAUCAACGUUGGGAUGCACGUCGAGAUUAAAAGGUUUUUUUUUUCUGUUUUUCCAAUGAAAAUUUAUUUUUCAGAUCCGACGGCCGGAUACAUGGCGCCGUUGUGUCGGAAAUAAAAGCCGCGUCAGGAAAGUACAUGGUCGAAUGGUAUGAAAAGGUUUGUAAUUGAAUAUUCGCUGUAUUUAAUGGUCAAUUUGAUGUUAGGGAUAUUUUGCAAUGGCCGCGCUAAAAAUGAAAAUUCUAAUCUUUCUUGCCGCACUCAUUAGUGUCCGCGAUUAUCAGGGGAUUUUAAUUCGUGUCCACUCAGCGCGCAAUCAGGUCAAUGCCAGUUGAGCUUCAUUUAUGCGCGCAGAAACAUCUUUUCCUGUGUUUGUCUGCCGGUUAUUCAAUUCUAUUGUUUUAAAUAUAGUAUACCUAACAAGAAAGGUCAUUUUACUCUCCUUAAAAUCUGUCAGAACACUCCUCAAAAAACUAAUAAAGGAUUCUGAAAUUCUCAAGCUGCACAAGUUCCUAGUUUUUCAGAAAUAACGUCUCUUAGUCAAAGAAAACCUUCAAAAUCAGUUAAAAAGGCCAUUUUUGGAGCUUCGAAGCCUUAUUUCUUGAAAUUGUUGUGCAGAUUGAGACUUUCAAGACCUUACUUUGGUACUCCAAGGGAUAUUUUGACAAGUUUUCAGAAAAUUUCCAACCGCAAAAGUAAAAUGAAAUUUUCGAAGGGUUCUACCGUAUUCCUUUGAGCCACCGUAUCUCGAAAAACGGCUCGAGUGAUGAUAUUCAGUUUUUCAAAAAAAUCCUAAAAAAAUCGUGUUCUACAACAUAUUUGAUUUAGAGAAAAUUUCACCCUAACGCUCAUUUUUUCCAACUCAUCCUAAACCCAAAUGGCGCAGAACAAGUCUGCGCCUAAUUGAAAAACUAAUUAGCUUAUAAUAUUUUUUUAAAGUAAUAUGCAGUCUUAAGCUAACUAGGGAACGUUUUUUUAGUGUACUUUAAACCUCCUGGUUGCAAAACAAAAAGUUUGCUGGAAAAAAAUGGCGUCGUUGUGAAAACUUCCUUUUCUCAGAAUAUUAUUUCAAAAUGUAAUUUUCGAUCUGUUUUUAUUAUCAUUAAUUUUCAGGGAGACACGAAAGGUAAAGAAGUGACGUUGGACGAGUUGGUGACCAUCAAUCCGACGCUUUUCCGGCAAGCGGCGCCGACACCCACAGCCCCACAGCCGCCGGUCACCACGCGGUCUCGUGCUUCCAUCAUGCCGAACACUGCCAUCGUCUGUUUCACCGCACUCUCAGUACGACACGUAAAUCAAUUCAGAUGUUUCCCGAGUCGGAAGACGACGAUUUUUUGCUCACGUCAGCUGCUCCAGUUCCUCAGAAGCCGGCCCCCAAAAAGACUGUUCCCAAGUCUUCAAACCCUAAGCGUGAGAGUAAGAUCGGAAAAAGAAAUUGAGCGAGAAUUUUAGAAGCCUUGAACGAAACGAUCGCCAUAGCGGCUCCCCCUCCGGCCUCAGUUCCCUUCCGACCGCUCAACUCGAAUGGAGGAGCCGUUGACGUCGCGAGCCGCACUCGCCAACGUUCAAUGUCGCCCGUUGAAGCCCCGCCGACGACCCGAGCCACCGACGCCCUCAAUGGGAACUGUACGCGAGAUUCCGAGCUCUUCUCAACGUUUUGCUUGUUCCAGCGAAGCGACAGUCGAUGCAAUUACCCCGACCCGCGGCCAACGGCGCCAGUACACUGACGUCGCUCUCCCACGUCAGCUCGUCUCCUUCUGUAGCGCAACCGGCUCCAUCUUCUAAGGUACUAAGAAAUAAAAUUUUUGUUGGUAAACUGUUUGAAGCGUUUUUAAUUAGGUUAAUUUAAAAAAAAAUUGGUUUAAAUUUGAAAAGUACACUCGGGCAAAGUCAGAAUGAUGGAUAAUGGCCGCAAAAAAAGCAAAAAGAGUCCCUUUAUCGAGCGUUCCAUUUUUCCUAGGACUUGAAAGGCUUGAGAAAUGGUGGAAAAAAGGAUGCAUAGGAGCCGAAAAAAUGGCGCAAAAAGGCGAAAAAAAAGGACCUUUUUCAUCCUAAAAGGAAAUAUUAUAUAGAGCACUUUCCGACUUUGCCUAUUCAUGUCUUUUUCAUUUUUUCAAAAAGGAAUAAUUUUUUAUAAAGCUAGAAUGAGCUCCUGUUCCCAUAAAUAAUUGAUUUCCCAUCAAGAAAAAAUUGGGAUUAGAUUUUUAAAGGGCGCUACCCUUUUUUAUGUGAACACUUGACCGAUUUCUAGCCGACGUUAUUCAUUUUUUUUUAAUAGCUUUGAAAUAUAAGGAAGCUGUUUCAAUCAAUCAAUCAUUCAUUUUGUUGUUUUAGUCAUAGAUAAAAUUGACUAGGCGGUUUAAAAGACACUUUUGAAGCUAUAACGAAUGACUUGGCGAACUAGAAGUACAAACGUGUAGUUGAUCAAGUGAAAAGCAUGGUCUUACGGUCCUUCGUUUCGCUCAUCUGCGCGUAGUCCCUUAAGCUAAACCUUGACGAGCUCAGAAUGUAGCGGUCGUUGUUCUGGAGCUCGGAGAUCUAGGUGGAAGCCUCGAAAAACUUUACACGGAAUGAUUCUUGAUAAACGUGGUAACAAAUAGGAACGACCUGAGCUGAGGAAGCCGGUUUCUAUGCCAGCAAUCGCCGAGCUGGACCAAAGUCAUCCCCACUACGCGUUCUCGCAAAUGAUCCGCGAGUACCGGACCCAGGUUCUCGUCCUCCUCCUUCAGUCCGGAGAGUGAAUCCGCGGCGGUUUAGGUCGACUACAGACCUCUGUGCAUGAACGACGCCGUCGCCGAAAAUCGCAUCUCGGUUUGUGUCCGCAAGCGGCCGCUCAGCAAAAAGGAAGUCACACGGGGCGAAAUUGAGGUUCUUUUUUUAAAUUUUUUGUUCAUAACAAAUCGACUUUUUUGAAAAAAUUCUACAUUUGAUCAACAUUUCCAACGUUUUGGUAGUCAAAGGGAAAUUAUGCAGAGUUUGAAGCCAUCUUUUUUUUUUCUGUAAUACUUUACUUACUUUGAGAAGAGAAAGAAAAGAUAACUAAAUUUUGGAGAGUCAAAGAAAAUUUUGCAUCACUUUGAAUACGGCAUGAAGCAACUGAGCACUUCGAUGAGAAAUUGAGGUUCAAUGUCCAUAAAAAUGGUUUUUGGCGUGAAUUCUCGGAAAUUUUUUCAAAUCCCACAAAGGCCGUAAUCAAAAUGAUCCCGCGAAACUCAAAAUAGCCGUCAGAGAAAGGAAAAGAUAACUAAUUUUUGGAGAGUCAGAGAUAGUUUUAUUACUUCCAACACGGCAUAAAUUGCAAGAAUUUUCAAUAUUCUUUUCCAUUUUUAGGUCGUGACAAUACCCAACAAAGACCACAUCAUCCUUCAUCAACCCCAAGUGAAAGUCGACCUCACCAAGUACCUAGAAAAUCAAAAGUUCCGCUUUGACUACACCUUUGAUGAGAAUUCGACGAAUGAGCUGGUCUACAGGUGACUUUUUUUUUUCAUUUUCGAUAGUCGUUUCCCUGUUCUUGCUCAUGACUUUAUAAGCUUACUCUGAAGUUUGCUGGGAAAAUUUUUAGUGGCCACUGUAGAGGUUCGCCAAGGACUACUAAGAGAGGACACUAUAGUGGCCACUAUAGAGGUUUCCGUUUUAGUGGCCACUUCAGCAGUUUUUCAUCCAGUAUUCAUUCAAAUAACUGAUAAUUUUAAAACAAACAGAUUGGACCAGUUAAGUGAAUUCAUUGACCCCUAAAGUGGCCACUAAAUUUUUUGUGGUCUAGUAGUAGCACUUAGACCUCUAUAGUGACCACUAAAUUUUAACCCCUUAAGUGGCCACUAAUUCGACUACUAUUGUGGCCACUUAAACUUCAAAACCCUAUAGUGGCAACUCAAAAUUUUCCCAGUGAUACUCAGUAUUUUCGGACUUUGAAGCACAGUCAGUCUCUUGUGACUCAGCUCAAAAUCUGCAGAUUCACAGCCCAACCCCUGGUGAAGACGAUAUUCGAGCAGGGAACGGCGACCUGCUUCGCCUACGGACAAACCGGCUCCGGAAAAACGCACACGAUGGGUGGCGACUUCACUGGAAAAAAGCAGGUCGACUCGGAUUUUUUGUAUCUAUUCAAUCCAUUCAUGGACAGACUAUUUUUUUAAUGGUUUUCCUUGAAAAAUAGCGAUUUUAGAAAGAAAAUGGCUAUCAAACUUAUUUGGAACGGUUAUACUCAUAAAAUUUUCAUAUUCUCAUCAGAAUUCUCAAAAAUAAAAAUGGCAAAAAAAAUGAAGCGGCAAAAGGAUUCGAACCUUCGUCCGCAGCCAAGCACGCUAGCCACUGCACCACCCUCCUAGCUGCCAUGCAAUGGUUGGUGGCGCGGUCAGAUACCUACCAAACGGCGUCACAUUAUUAAACAAUUCCCAUUCCUUCAAAGAUUGUUUGAGCAAAUUUAUAAUAGAAAAUCCUGAACCUCAAGCUAAAAUGACCUCCCAUGUCAAAGUUUUCAUUUGUAGAAACAGUAGAAAAAAGAUCACUUAUAAGAUUAUAAUUGAAAAGAAAAUUUGUUAGCGAUUAUAAGGAGAUGAAAAAAUAUAAUUUUCUCGUCUGAAAGUUGCCUUCCUUGUAGAACGCCUCGAUGGGAAUUUACGCAUUGACGGCCCGCGACGUCUUCCGAUUGGUCAGCUCCGACUACCGUCGUCAGCAUCUCACUGUCCACUGCUCCUUCUUCGAAAUAUACGGCGCUAAGGUCGUAUUUGUUAUAUAAAAAAACCGUGAAAUAUUUAAACGUUUUUUUAAAUGUCUUUGAGAAGUCUUCGAUGACAUAAUGCAACGACUUUUUGUAGGUCUACGAUUUGUUGGCCAACAAGGCAGUCCUUCGAGUUCUGGAAGACGGGAAAAGUCAGGUGCAAGUGGUAGGACUCAAGGUUAUGGACGUGGAUUCCGAGCAGAUGGUAUUUUCUGUAACUUUACCGAGUAUGCCCUAUGAGAGCUUCAGGUCCUGGAGUUGAUCAACCAAGGAGCCGCCGUCAGGACGGCCGGAACGACGUCGGCCAACAGCAAUUCGUCGCGUUCCCACGCCGUCUUCCAAAUCAUCCUCAGGCAGUACGUUCGCUCCCAGAAGAGAAAAGAGAAUGAUUUCUCCACUUUUCAGAGGAAAGAAACAAUGGGGCAAGUUCUCACUCAUCGACCUGGCCGGAAACGAACGUGGACAGGACACGCGAGACUGCGACCGGGAGACGAGACUCGAAGGCGCUGAGAUCAACAAAUCUUUGCUGGCUCUCAAAGUUUUUUUUUUCGAGAAAACGGGACCCUAGAAACAUUGGUACGCUCAGGAAUGCAUCCGCGCCAUGUCCAACAACAACUCGCACGUGCCGUUCCGCUCCUCGAAGUUGACCCUCGUGCUCCGGGACUCGUUCGUCGGCGACAAAGCUCGGACUGUGAUGGUGAGGCCAUUAUCUCAGAAACAUGAAUUGGACAGUCGCGGCCUCUUCUCAAAAGCUUUCUCUUAUAAUCUGUUCAUAUUUUUAAUGUCAAGUGCAAUGACGUCAUUCAAAAACACUCUGUGGAUGGCUCGCUCUCUGAUUGGUUUAUCGCGCCAUUAGAGGCGGACCUUUAGCGACGAAUUGACAUUCAAAAUCUGAACAGAUUAUAUCUCUUUUUGUUCACCCUUUCACUUCCGAUGGAAGACGCGGUUUUCCUCACUUAGGAACUUCAGAGUGGUCCCUGUAGGGGCAACCUUAUGGAUCCCUGGAGGGGCCACUUUACGGACUACUUUACCAACCUUCAUAGGGGCCACUAGAGCCACUAGAGCUGCGAAAUUGUUCCCUAUAGGGGUUUGCUAGUCGAUAAUUCUAAUUAAAGGAGCAUUUUCUUGGGAAAAACUGAAUAAAUAAACGGUUUUUGAAUGAAAUUGAAAGACCCCUGUAAGGUCCACUUGAGCUUUUGAGGAUCAACGGUGCAGGGACCUUUAACCCCUAUAGGGUCCACCUUGAUUUUACCUUAUAGGGACCACUUUGUCAGUCCCUAUUGUUUUCCAUCCUAACCCUAUAGGGACCACUCUGGAAUUCCUGUACGUCUCAUUUCAGUGACUGAAAUUUUUCUUUUAGGGAUAAUAUCUUUAAAAAAAAUCAAUGGGCAGUGGUUAACAUUAACCUUGAAAAUCGCCUAACAAGUUUCCAUCAUUAAACAGAAAAAAGAAGAAACAGGAUCAAACUUUCAGAUUUCGAUGAUAUCGCCAGGUUUGUCGUCCUGCGAACACUCGCUGAACACGCUUCGAUACGCAAACAGGUGUGUUAAAACUGAGGAUCAUCUUUUUUUAAAUGAUACAUCUUCCAGAGUGAAAGAACUCGGAGCGGAUGGAACCGAUGAACGAUUUUCUCCAAUGGAGGACGCGGCCUUCAUGUUGGCGCCCGAGGAGUUUGACUACGACGACCAAGAGACGCUCGUCGACAUGUCCUCCGUCGAACAGACGGCUGAUGACGUCAUCUCGACGAUCGUCGACGUGAGAAGCUGUUGCCAGUGAAGAAGAUGAACCGACGACGUUUGCAGGAUUUGACGAAAAAAGGAAAGGAUGGCCGCCGACUGAAAGAGUUGAUCGCCCAGGGAUACGUCUCGCAGGCCAUCGAUGGCGCCGUCGCUCUCGUCGAAGAGCAGAUGACGUCACUGCAAAAGGCGCACGGUUUGUCGGCUUUCUGACCUCAAACACGUCUCUUUUACAGAGAAACUGAUGUCAACAAGAAGGGCUCUCGACGGAGCAUAA